GUCGACAUCCUCGCUGAUGUGUUACGAAACAGCAAAAUUGACUCUUCGGUGGUGGAAGCUGAACGAGGAAAAAUGCUCGCAGAGUUGGAAAAUUCGGAGUCUGAUUAUCAGAGAGUCACUAUGGACAAUCUCCAUACUGCAGCAUUCCAGGGCACUUCACUAGCAAGGAGUCCUCUGGGGACCAGUGCUUCAUUGCAAGUAAUAGCUGUUUCUCCUAGUGCUCUAUUUUAG